UCAAUCCGAUUGACAAUAUUGGCUAAGCCUAACAGCUCAUCAAGUCAAAUAGCUAAUAUUAAUGAUGAAGAAAUUGGAGUACACAUUGCUGCACCACCAAAAGAAGGAGAAGCCAACAAGGAAUUAUGUGAUUACGUAUCAGGUGUUUUGGGAGUUUCAAAAUCAAGAGUAACUUUAGAUAGAGGAGGUAAAUCGAGACAUAAACUUCUUCUCGUGGAG